GUUUGCCAAGGUAGACACCUGACCGACCAGAUACUUGUAUCUUAGGUUAAACUGUACUCAUUAUGCUCAAUGGCCUGGCAGGUGUAAGGUUCUUGACAAAGACUUUUCAACUUUGAACAAGAUUCAACUAUUUCCCAUCUCUUCUUCUCUCCUUCGAUAUAUUUGUUACUAUCUUCUGCUAUACCUGAAACACUCACUGGAACGGAUUUACUCAAGCCACAGUAAGCCAAUAUGGUAUAUGGGGGAAAGCCGAGCACGGGAUGCUACUUAUGCCGCAAACGGAAGAUCAAGUGUGAUGAAGCGCUGCCGGGAUGUCGAAACUGCUCUAUAUACGGGCGACCAUGUCCAGGAUAUCGACCAGAUACAAUUUUCCGUAAUGAGACCCAAAAAGUGGAACGGAUCAUGAGGAAAAGGAGUACCACACCCACUGAUAGUCAGCGCAGCAGUCGGAGUACCUCCGUUAGUCAUAGCAGUCCGGAACUGCCGCUAAUACUUCCCCAAAUCGCUGACUCCACGUGGGAGGAACGAGCAGUCUGCCACUUCUUUGAUCAGUUCACGUGUGUCAGUGAUGAGUGUUUGAACCACCUGGGCUUCUUGCCUUCCCUGUAUGCUGCGUGUAGGGACAGUGGGCAAGACGAUUCGGUAUCGUCCUGCCUAAGGCUGGCAACCGAAGCAACUGCUCUCAUAACACUAAGCAACCAUAUGAAGGCGCCUCCACUUCUUCUCAAGGCAAGAGGAUACUAUGGAUUGGCGCUCCAUGGGCUUCGGCGCUUGCUGGGCACACGGUCUCAGGCAGUCAGAGACGAAACAUUUGCCACGAUGGUCAUUCUCUCUAUCUUUGAAGACAUCGCUGGAGAACGAAACGGCCUUCACAGCUCACAUACGGAAGGAUUCGGGCUUCUGAUGGGGAUGCGAGGUGAAAGCCAAUUAAGCCAUGCACAAGGUCGCGAUCUGUUCAUCUGUGCUUAUGCACAUACUCUUAUUGAGAGCAUAGUCCUACGGACUCGGCCGCGAAAUGCUAGCACAGAAUUGAUUGUCGGACAACUUGACGGAUCCGAGCCGGUGGCUAGGUUAAUACUAACGGCAUCCAAGAUUGGCCAGCUUUUUGCCGAAAGUUCUUCCCAUCAGGGGUCAUUAGGCAUAGAUACCAUUACACAAGUCACCACAUGGAUAGAAACUGGCCGAAUCUUAGCUCUGGAGAUGGCCAACUGGAGUCAGCAUUUACCGGACCACUGGCUUCCUCUCGUUGUCUAUACGGCUACGGGCGGACCGUUCAUGACUUAUCAGAGUGCAUCUAUUGCAGCAAUUUGGACAUACUACCGCGCGGCUCGGAUUAGCCUCCAAAGACAUUUACUUGAUUUACGCCAGACCCAUGCCUCUCUCAUCGGUGACAACCAGGUCUGCGACGUCCACCGCGAUGCGGCGCUGGAGGAGAUUCAGGAGAUGACCACCGAUACAUGUCGGAGUAUUCCCUUUUCAUUGGGGGAUAUCGAUGCACUUGGCCAAUCAAUCCCAGCCUCUGCUGAGGGACGACCACCCGUUCGCGCUCUUUACGGAUACAUGAUGCUGUGGCCGCUAUGGUAUGUUCUGACGUUCGGCAUGGGCACAGCGGCACAGAUAGAGCAAAUCCGAAGCGCAUUGGGUAGGGUCGGUUCCGUGCUGGGCAUCAAGCUGGCGCUUAUCCUGGCGCAACAGGGAGGCAUGUCCCAACAUGCAACUGCAUUGACCCCAAACCCUUACCGUUUCAUACCAUCGACGAGCUAACUCCCUUGUACAUGAAGCCUGUUGGGUGGGCAUUGUCAAUAUGGUUUGCGACUACCCUGUAUAAUGCUUAUGAAUUCCUGUACUAUUGGCGUAAGUGAUGGGCUUUUCUCUCUCCUCUUGUAUAUUUGGAUUAUAUUUAUAUAUCCUGUUUUUAGUCUCUAUCUAUAAUAGACAGUGUUAUGGCCAAGCUCCG